AUGCUCACUCUAAAUUAUUACCUGUGGGGAAGUUCUCAAACCUGUUUCCCAACUUAGUUUAUUUUGGCACCUUCUGGAGAAAUGAAAAAAAGUGCACGGCAAAAUCCUGACUGCAGGCCAUUCUGAUGAAACAAAGGACAUCAAUUCACAAAGAAAAUGGAAAACAAAAUGUCUGACACAUUAACUGAAAAACCUCACGAGUGUACAGUAUGUGGUAAAGGAUUUGGUACGAAACGGCUAUUAAAAAGACAUGGGAAAAUAUAUUCUGGUGAAAAACCCUAUAAAUGUACGGUAUGCAGUAAAGAAUUUACUUUAGGAACUCACAUGAAGAAGCACAUGAACAUACAUAAUGGGGAUUAUGGGGGAAAAACCCUCGAAUGUACAGUAUGUGGUAAAAAGUUUAGUUUCAGAAGUAACUUGAACGUGCACAUGAGAACACAUACUGGUUAUAAACCCCAUGAAUGUACAGUAUGUGGUAAAAGGUUUAGUUUGAGAAGUAACUUGAAAGUGCACAUGAGAACACAUACUGGUGAUAAACCCCAUGGAUGUACAGAAUGUGGUAAAAGAUUUAGUUUGAGAAGUAACUUGAACGUGCACAUGAGAACACAUACUGGUGAUAAACCCCAUGAAUGUACAGUAUGUGGUAAAAGGUUUAGUUUGAGAAGUAACUUGAACGUGCACAUGAGAACACAUACUGGUGAUAAACCCCAUGGAAGUACAGAAUGUGGUAAAAGAUUUAGUUUGAGAAGUAACUUGAAAGUGCACAUGAGAACACAUACUGGUGAUAAACCCAAUGGAUGUACAGAAUGUGGUGAAAGAUUUAGUUUGAGAAGUAACUUGAAAGUGCACAUGAGAACACAUUCUGGUGAUACACCCCAGAAAUGUACAGUAUGCGGUAAAGGGUUUGGAACGAGUAGUAACUUGAAAGACCACAUGAGAACACAUACUGGUGAUAAACCCCAUGAGUGUACAGUGUGCAGUAAAGAGUUCAGUUCAAGUAUCCAAGUAAAGGAGCACAUGAGAAUUCAUACUGGUGAUAAACCCCAUGAAUGUACAUUAUGCGGUCAAGGGUACAGUACUAGUUACAAAUUCAAGAAGCACAUGCAAAUACAUACUGGUGAUCCUGGGAACAAACCCCAUGAGUGUAAAGUAUGUGGUAAAGUGUUCAGUACGAUUCCAAACUUAGAGAGACAUGAGUAUAUACACACUGAAUAUAAACCUUAUAAAUGUGGAGAAUGUGGCAAAGAGUUUAGUCAGGAACAGAGCUUAAUACAACAUUUUUUUGUGCAUAUUGAAAAAAAGCCUGUGGAGAAUGUGGCAUACGGUUUGCUGGUGGUUGGAACUUACAGCGACACAUACAAAAUGUAUAUGAGUUCACACACGAGUGAUAAACAUAAUAAAAUGUGACAAAAGUGAUGAACAAUUCAUUCAUAGUAGAGACACAUGAGAACAAACACUGAACUUACUGAAGAUAAAACUUAUAAAUGUGAUGUUUUUGGAAAAGGAUUUAUUAAGAGUAAUAUCGGAGAUACACAUGUUAGAAUACACUCUGGGGAUUAACCUAAAUCGUGGGCAUGUUAUGCAUACAUUACAUGUAUAAUGUAUACACGCACAACGUGACAUUUUGUGUACACUAUAAUCCCAAUUUGUAAUAUUUUUAAACGGAGACAGAUUUAUAUAAGUUCUUCUUGUAAAUACGCCAUGUGCCUUGAAAGUUCUUAAUUUUAACCUUAAUUUUGUAUUUGUUUUAAACGACAAUACAACAACACAUAAUAUUUUUUAUAAGGAAUGUGUACAAUCACUCAAUGAAACAAGGAAGCACUCGAAAAAGUCGGGACUGCUCUCGAAAAAACCCGGACAUGAAGAAAUGAAUUUAGUCUCAAAAUGUGGUUUUCAAUGCAUUAACAAUAAUUUUUGUAGAGUGUAUAUCUAAGGAUAUAUGGAACAAUGUAUGCAUUUCCGUCGACAUUUACAUUGAUAUAUGUAUGAAAAUAGCAAAAUUCCGUAUUUUGGAAUAAAAUCAUUGUAAGGCAUACUUUAAGUCUUUUUCUAAGAAAAACAAUGUCAAAAUGAUAAUAUCAUAAGUUUUUUAUCUCAAAUAUUUAUAAUUAACAUACCUCUUUUAACUUGUAUAUUAAACUCAAGCUUCUUUAUCACGUUUUGUCAGAAAGGAAGUAUGUUUGUUACCAUUUUUGAUCAUAUUCACUCGAAAAAGCCCUAUCGAAUCAUUCGAAAAACCACGAUCCUAUCCGGACACUAUAUCUACCGUGAAUAUAUUAUA